GCGUUAAGUUGUAGUGCUGGCGCGUAUCAAACAAAGCCUUGCGCGCCUCAAAAGUCGCAUUUGAAAAGUUACGCUCAUGUACGUUGAGCGAUUGCGAACGUAAAGUUUAAGAUCUGGCAACGCAGUGCUAGCUAACUACAUGAACAUAAAGUAAUCCAGCUUGCGCGUUCUCGAUAUUGCAGCAGCGCUCGAAGCAGCAGCGCGGCAGUGACGCCAUCAAAAUUUACUUCUAUCGCGCAGUGCGCCUACUAAUCGCUGAUCGCUGCACAUUCAGUACGUUACAGCCGCGCGCAGUUAAUAGACGUACACAUUCUGAAAACUCCAAAGUGCGCGUGCAAACGAACGAUUCAACGUGAUGUGAGUAAAAAGAAAAAUACUAAACUGACAGCAGUAGCCGCACAUCUUUACGCUCGAUAUAUUUUUGGUAAAAAUACAAAUAGUAUUUGUAGAUCGCAUAAUUUGAGUAUUUAGUGAGUUAACUCAUCGCGAAGCGGUAUCGUCAUCUGUUGAUUUCUUGUGCGCUAGCUAUCCACCUCAGUUUGUAUUCGUAUGCGUCUAUGUAUACAUUUCGAUGUCGUGUGCUUUUGCUCAUACUCUCUCGAUUUGGGGCUUAUUCUGAUUGGGUGCGCGUUAUAAAUAUACCGUUGUGAUGCCAUGCGGCGAUGCGGUAUUCUGAUGCGGCGAGUGAUGAGCGAUCUCCACAAAAUGAAAAUGCGAUGCGUGCAUAGCUGCGGACAAUUCUGAUAAUCGGAUAUUUUUAGAUUGCAUGUGAAUUCAGAACGGCAGCAGCAAUAGCAACAGCAAUAAAAGAAAAAGUCAAAUUAGAUUCGGCAUCGACAAAACCAGCAGCUAGUGGAUAUACAUAUACAGAUCUACCUACAUAUGUAUAGGUGUAUAUUAUUAUAUUUAUGUUGGUGAAUUUUGAUUAGCGCUGGCGGCAGUACGACAUUGAUUUCCUGGUGUAAGGUUCGGCAAAUUUGGAGCAAUAAGUUACAGACUGAGUGAGAAAAGGGGCAAAUGCAUCAUAGUGCAAUAGGUGAUGGGUGAUGGAUUUAUUGUGGCAAAAACAAAUUUAAAACAAAAUCUCAUAAAAAUAUGUAAAUUUGUCGCGUGUGUUGUUGAGGGAUGAAUAAAAAGAAAGAAGAAAGAAAAACACAAAUAAAAAUAAAAAUAAAAUCUGUGGAGAAUAUUUCCGGCGAUUUUUAUGAGAUUCAAUAAAAGCAUAUAAAAAUAUGCUCUGGCUACGAAGUGUCUGAGUGCAUUUUUGCCGAAGACAGCAUAAGCAACGUUUUCUACCCCAGCAAGACAACAAUUGACUGAGUGAUUUAUUGGUUAGCGCAUGUCAGCGCUCCAGGAGUACUUGAAGUUAUACGAUCUGACGCCUGCCCACUCCUCAAAGUCUAACACUCGCCUACGAAUGAAGUAAUAUUUGUACAAUUAGAUUAAAAGUAAUAAAUGUUUUAUGCACUCGCUCAUGAAUGCAAAUUAACAGGCAAAGUAAACAAAUAAAUAUCAGCAAGCAGGCUCAGGCGGCACCUGAGAGAGGCGGUGAAGCGGUGUAGCAGUGAUAUUGUGUAUAGUGAAUUAGUGCUACAGUAAGACAGUGAAGCAGUGAAGUAGCGAAGCAACUCAGCGAACCCCAAAAAGUCAUAAUGAACUAUUACCGAGCUCAUCAGCUAUAAAAGAUAAUAUCAGUAGGCAUCGAUACCUCCAGGCAGACAACAAACGCAGACAGUUAAGCAGCCAGCAAACAAAGGCGGAACACCACCAAAUCCCCCUCAUGAAACUACCAUCGCCCUACAAAAUGCAUGAUUGCAGCUCAUUAUUAGCUGGCAGCCAGCGAAGUGCGGAAGAGUGUAAAAGCAGUAAAGUCGGUAGCCGUAAGGAGAAAUAUUCAUUGCGUGAACGUCAAAAGCGUCGACUUGGAUUGGCGAGUGUGGUCGAUUUGCCGAAACGUUCAAACCACAAGGAUGAUAUUGAAGAGACCACAGGACCGCAGCGCACACAAAAUACCACACUGUCCAAAUCGAAAGCGCCUCCACUCAGCAAAUACCGACGGAAAACCGCCAAUGCGCGUGAACGUACGCGCAUGCGUGAAAUCAAUUCCGCGUUUGAGAAUUUGCGGCAUUGUGUGCCACAAAGCAUCGCCGUGGAUGAGACGGGGCCAACCAAUGAGAAACUUACAAAAAUCACAACGCUACGGUUAGCCAUGAAGUAUAUAAACUUGCUGUCGGAGGUGCUAAAUACUCCUAAUUUCAAAGGCGAAUUGCCAUUCGACUUUUUAUGUGCUAGUGACGAGACAACGAUAAAACAGAAGCCGGCACCGAAAGCUUUGAAAGUUGAGUCUAGUAAAUCUACUGCUGCAAUGCUUAAAAGUACCAAGCCAACAAACAAAGCCACCGCAGGACGCACAACUGUCAGUGCGCCGGUGCAUAAGUCUCCCAAACGUUUGGGAAAACGUAAAAAGAAGGAGUUAAAGUCACCGUCCACCGCUGCACUGGGUAGUAGCAGUAACACAAUGCCUGACUCAUGUCGCGCUAAUUUGUCAAAUACCAGCACUACUUCCUCCUUUGUAACAUGCAGUGGCGAUUCGCUCUCCUCACAUUCAUCAAGCUUUCUCGACAGUAUAACCAGUCCCAGUUAUUCCAGCAGUUUCGUGCCUUCCAUGUCCGAGCUGAAUAGUUUAACUCUAGAAUCUGAUGGUGAAUCGCUGCAUCUUUCCGAUCCCUGUCACAGUCCCUUACAAGACAAAUUCGAUAGUAUCUUUGGCGGCAGCGCGUUGGACUCCAGGCCGACAGUUGAACAUAAUAUUUUAGGUGAUAUCGAUGCGCCAUUGGAACUGAGCUUGCAGUUCCUUGGCACAACGCCCGAGUCGCUGGACUUCUCUAUGGAACAACCACCGACGACGUGCAUUAGUCCAUUAGUUUCUUUAGAUACAUUCAAUCCGUUUAGCGAUUUUCUACACCCAGAAUAUCCAGAGCAUGCAUCGUUGGAUAUGUUUUUAACAUAACCCGCGGAGUUGCAUCUACACCAAUGCAAUACUUUUUAACUAACUUAGUUUGAAUUACUUCAAUUGAUCGAAAGAGUUUUGAGCUUUGGGCUUUACCACAAGAAAGCUUACCCCUGCAACCAUUUCACGUGGCCAUCACUAGUAUUUCAUAUUAUUUCUUAUAGAUUAUAAUUUAAUACUUGUUGCUUAACUUAAUCAAAUAUUGAUGCAUUUAACUCAACUGAACUGAAGAAGUGCGUGGAAGUUUAAACUAUCAUACUUACUUUAAUAACAAAAUGAUCUGUAAUGUAUUAUCCUUUUGCGUCCCUGUUAAAUGGAGUUGACUGUAUUUUGUUUAACUAUUUUUCAUCUUUUUAUAUAGUUUUAUAAGAAACUUAGCUAACACUUUGAGAUUGUUUUCAUAAAGGAGAUUUAUAUGUUAAAAUUUGUAAACCGAAAUAUUUAUUUUUUUGAUUAACAAAAUAUCCUUUAUAAUUGUUGAUUUUUUAAUAAUAAG